AUGAAUACCAUUGCUAACAUAAUACAGGAGCUGCGUGACUAUUGGGCAGACCAUUUCUCACGCAGAUUUCUACCGAAGAGACCUCCCCUUCGCCGAAUCACCUCCAUUUCCACUUUCUACCUCCUGGACUACAGAACCCGGCAGGCUGAACUGGGUUUGGAUUAUGGCCCUCCACGGGCUCAGCUGAGUGAUACCAAGUUUGUCUUCCAGGAUGGCAAAUGGCAAGGUGAGAGUCGCCUCUCUCAUCGGCCGCCACUGCUGCAGUUAUUCUCCUCUCAUGACCGGGAACAGUCCUGUAAGGUCAUGAAGAAGGAGAACAAGGCUCUCCUGGAGGAGAACAAUUACCUGAAGCUGCAGCUCGAGCUGUUGAUGGACAUGCUGACAGAGACCACGGCCCAACUACACAUGGUGGAGAAAAAGAUGGACAUCCCCACAUGGCAUACCAAGAUGAAGAAGCCAAAUAAGGUGUUGAUGCUUAAGUCCUAGUAGGAACCUUGGAUGCAAGACCAGGGAGUUUACACUUGCUUGGUUCCAGAAGUCUAAAAAAUUCCUGAAUCAAAUUAACUUGUAGAGUGAUUUUUGCUUUAAUUGUAUGUAUUAAGUAAAUUAGAAUAUAUUUUAUGACUGCCAAAUAGACAGCAAGAAAUCGGUCACUACAGUUCAUUACACUUCAAAACCAAACCUGACUGUUCAUGGAUUGUGUCAUAAAAACAACAGAAAAGCAGUUUUACCCAUUAUUCAAAUGCCAAAAUUGGUAUUUAAAAAUAUUCUUGAACUUAAAAUCAUUUUUAACUAACAGUAUAAUAAAAUAAAACUUAGCACUUUUAUGGUACUGUUCAUCUAUAGACCUCAAAGAACUUUAAAGGAAAUAUCAUUACCUCAAUACUACAGUUGCAAAACUGAUGGCAGAUAGAGAGGAAGGAUGGUCCAGUGGUUAGGGUACUAGCCUAAGAAUCAAGAGACCUAUGUUCAAUUUUCUACUCUGCCAGGGGCUUCCUGUGCAUGAUGACCUUGGUCUCAGUUACAUAAAUGGGGGUGAUACCUCCCUUCCUCUCAGUGGGUUGUGAGGUCUUUUAAAGAUGGUGAGGUACUAAGGCAAUGAGGAUUCCUUAGAAGUGGGAGCUCAGCCUUUAUGAUACUCUUCAGGCUGAAUCACCUGCGGAUGGUCUGGGUCAGUGGUACCAUCUCUUCUCCCUUAGGAUCUGCUGGGUGUUAUCAAGCCCCAAGUAGAAUUAUUUCAGAAUUAAAAAAAACCCUGUCAUCUUCUGAGUUCAGAGGCAUUUUCAGGAACCAUAGCAGGUCCACUGUAAUAUAUAUAUAAAAAUGAGGCCAAAUUACUGUCUUCAGUGCAGUUUGAGCAGCCUGGCAGUAAGAUGGAGAGUUCCCUUGGAGCUCUCCCUCCAGACCACCCUCUUGGCUAUCCUCCAGAUUCAGGGAUCCAUUUGCCUUUGUGUUGCUUUGUCUGUCUGUUGCACGGGGAGAAGAAUGGCCAGUCAGUCUGUGUAAUGGCAGAUAAGACAGCCCCACCCCUAAAUCCCCCUACAAUGCAGCACAGAGCAGGGACCAGCCCUCCAAAACAGGGCUCCAUGAUGCUCCCUCUCCCGAAUGUAGCCUCACCCAGUCUAGUACUGGACCUGCCUGCUGCCCCUAAAUGACAAGGUGGCGGUCCCCAAUUUUAGCACAGCUCCCUCACCGGAGUCUAAGAAUAAAAUAUUUGUCACGUUCUGCUUUAGCAUCACAGACCAUCAGGGGCCAAAUAAACUACUGAUUUACAUCCCAUGCAAUCUCUGCAGGAUAGAGACCACAUCUACCUUCCUGUAUGACCAAUGCCUGGCAAAUCAGGGCCCCGAUUCUGGUUGUAGCCUGUGGCUGCCGUCGUAAUAUAAAUACAAAGUAUGUCCCCAUGGCCGUGGGCUACAUCUUAAUACAAUCCUUUGUGAGCCGCCUCUACCCUUCCUCCCUUAUUUGCAUUCAUGCCGCCCCCGCAUUACGCCUCCCAUUUGCAAUCGGGCAGCCCCCCCCCUCAAAAAAUGCGCAGCCCACCUCCCAUUUGCGCGUGCGAGACAAUUUUGUGGCAGUUGCUUCCGUUCCUUUGAACUAUUUUGCUGCUGAUUCCUGAGGCGGAGGGUGGCUCCCAUUUCCUCUCCCCCGAUGGAGCCGAGGCUAUGAGUGGAGGCAGCCCGGCUGUUUUCUUUCUCCCCCCCCCCGCCCCAGCUGUUUCCACAGGCCGCCAAGUUCCUCAGCCGAUGCAAACGGGGCCUUAGCAAAAGCAACUGGACGCCGGAAGGCGGAGCCAGAAAGCACAUGACGCAGCCGCUUUCCCCGGACCGACUGCGGCCAUAGUGGGUCUGUGCCCUCCCGGUUAUAUAGCCCGCCUCGGUGGGCAGUAGCCGCUCCGUCUGCGGGACGCCGGGGACCGAGCGCCGCUGUCAGUGAUCGAGCCCUCCGCCUGCCGAGUUUUUUUUUUCUCUCCGUGAGCGCGUGGACAAGAUGGACCCUCUCCGCAGCGAGGAGACCGAGGGGGAGAUUCCCGGCCUGG